GUAACUCUGAAAAAUGGAUUCCUCACAGACAAUAAAACAAAGUGUUGCUUCCCUAUCAACUUUAAUAUAUGAGCAGCAUGCUCUACAGAACAUAACCACACGUGUUCAAGAUGAUGUAGCGAAACUACAACAGGAAAUUGAAAAGUUAGAAUUAGAAAAGCGGUGGUGCUUCAAUGAGAGUGGAAUAAGAAUAAUACCCACACCACACGAAGAAGCACUGCGAAUUAGUCAGUCAACCGCAGAGAACCCCGACUCAGAAAAUGAAGUUAUCUUGGCAUUAAAACAGAAGAAGACAUCGCUACAAAUGGAAGUUUCUGAGCUGGAAGAAACUUUGAAGCAAGCACAGCAGCAGAGUUCUGUGAAAAUGACUUGAGAAAUAUGUUUUAGUGCAGUGUUGAUGACCACCAGACGAAUCAGUCACUUUGAAUCAAAAUACCGUAGUCCCACUGAAUACUGAAUGACAAAUCAAAUUUCAUAUAUGAGGCAUUAUAUGAUUAGAACUGUGAGCUGAUUCAACAACUGAUUCACAGAAAUUACCAAGCUAGUUUUCACUUUAGAACUACACCGAAGUAGAUAGUCAUCCCUGUUUGUAGUUUUUCAGUUUAAUAGAGAUACUUGAUUUGAUUCUCAUUAUGAUACACAUGUGAUACAAUAUGUUUCCAAAUACACAAUGUUUCCUUGUGUGUUUUAUCUGCACAGAACAAUCGCUGGCAACUUACUUAGAGCAGAAUACCCAGGCUGAUAUGUUAAUUCAGUCAUGUUUUGUUUCAACUUUAGUGUAGCCUUUUUCUUUUGUGGACAGACUUUCCCUGAUGUACACGUUUAUGAAUUCCUACAAAAGUAACAGUUCCAUUUGUAGCUGUGUAUGACAAUACUGUAUUGGUGUAUCAUUUCACAACUAGAGUAACAACAUGGGACAUACAGAAGCAAUCUUAGCACAAAGAUGAUCAUAUUUCCCAUAUAUUAACAUUGACUUGUGACAGUCAUCACACAUCUUCCCAAGGCAAGAGAGUUAACUGACUUUAAAAGUCCAGUUUCCACCCUGGCCGAACUAGGCUGGUAUUAUGGAGUUACAUUUUGGCUGGACUAACAAGUCUAUGCAUAGUCCAA